AUGAUGCAACCAAGACUACUGGCGCCCUUAAGGGCGCUAGAGCGGUCUUUCACAUCCUCUCUCCGGGCAGCUCAGACCCUCUACAUGUCGCAAUCCCUCUUCCAACGCUCCCUCUCCGCAAACUUAGCGCUCCCGAAAACUACACCUCUCUCUCGCGGGCUCCUCCCCUUCUCCCAGGUGCGAUACGCCUCCCAUGCUUCACAAGGAACGGCCAAUCGACACUCGCGGGAUCCAGCCGGAAAGCGACUAGGAGCGAAGCGCUCAGGCGGCGAGUACGUUGUUCCCGGCUGUAUCAUUUUCCGACAGCGCGGCUCGUUAUGGUUCCCCGGCGAGAAUUGCGGUAUGGGACGUGACCACACCAUCUAUGCCACUCAAGCCGGAUACGUCCGGUAUUACUUGGAUCCAGAACAGCAUCCCGACCGGCGAUACAUUGGGGUUGUUUUCGAUAAAGAUGAGAAGCUCCCACACCCGCGCAAUGCGCCCAGUCGACGCAGAUUGAACAUGGUUACGACAGCACGAAUUGAUCCUGUUGUCUACCAAUCUGAUAUUGUGGCCUCGGUUGAUGAGAACGGUACUCAGGUCGCUGGCGUGGCGGCUGUUGAUGCCCAGUCGGGUCCUCAGCUGCGCCCUGGCUAUAUGUACCGUGAAGCUAAUUGGGUGAUUGGUCGUGCGGCUGAGAAGGCUGGUAUCACUGCUGUACCAUAUAAUCGCACAAAUCGAUGGCUUGCUUGGAGGAAGCGGGAGGCUCGUGCUGAGCGGGCUGCUCAGAUGAAGAGUUUGAAGGGCAAGAAGAAGCCUGGAAAGAAGGCCAAAUAA